AUGGGCAAUAAUAUCCAUGAAGCGGUGAGAGAGGAAAUAAUAAUACAUGAAGCUGAUGAAAAAAACAUGCAACUAAAUGCAAAAUAUACCAAAAUUGUCUUCGCACAGCAAUCCAGUUCAGAGACUUCAAACACUAUAAAUAGUAUCCUCUUAGCUUUUUUGAGUGGUUUAGUUGGUAGUAUACUCUUGAAACGGGUUUUUUUAACAAACACCCGAACAGAUAGAACAUCCUCUAUUGACUAUUUUUUAUCUUCUCAAGAAGUAAAAGAUAGAAUCAUUGAAAUGUUUGCUUUUGAAGCACAUGAUUAUAGUCACGAAUUCAUUUUGAAGGAUGUUAAUAAACAUCUUCCUUUGAAUUCAAGGCAAAUCUAA